UCCUCUGGCUGGCACAAUGCAGCUCUCUCUAGCUCUGUGUCUUGUCUGCUUGCUGGUGCACGCAGCCUUCUGCGUGGUGGAUGGGCAAGGGUGGCAGGCCUUCAAGAAUGAUGCCACAGAAAUCAUCCCCGAGCUGGGCGAGUACCCUGAGCCCCCGCCGGAGCCUGAGAACAACAAGACCAUGAACCGGGCGGAGAAUGGAGGGCGACCUCCCCACCAUCCCUUUGAGACCAAAGACGCGUCGGAGUACAGCUGCCGCGAGCUGCACAUCACCCGCUACGUGACGGACGGGCGAUGCCGCAGCGCCAAGCCGGUGACCGAGCUGGUGUGCUCCGGCCAGUGCGGCCCGGCGCGCCUGCUGCCCAACGCCAUCAGCCGCGGCAAGUGGUGGCGCCCGAACGGGCCUGACUUCCGCUGCAUCCCCGACCGCUACCGCGCGCAGCGCCUGCAGCUGCUGUGUCCCGAUGGCGCGGCACCGCGCGCGCGCAAGGUGCGCCUGGUGGCCUCGUGCAAAUGCAAGCGCCUCACUCGCUUCCACAACCAGUCGGAGCUCAAGGACUUCGGGCCCGAGGCGGCGCGGCCGCAGAAGGGCCGCAAAGUGCGGCCCCGCGCCGGGGGAACCAAAGCCAACCAGGCCGAGCUGAAGAACGCCUAUUAGAGCCCGCCGCGCCGCGCCUUCCCAGCAGGCGCCCCCGACGGAGGUUCUCCCGUGUUUCUGUCCCCUGUGCGUGGUUCGAUUGUUUGUACUUCAUUUAAAAUGCCAGCAGCCCAAGGGGAGGCAGCCAGGCCCUGCGGAAUCCGGGGUGGCAGCCCAGGCCCCCUCCCUGGACCGCUGAGGGGGUUCCGCAGGACAGGGGAGGGAGUUGAGAGUCACAGACACUGAGCCAAGCAGCCCCGCCCCCUGAGGCCGCCCAGCUUUGCCGGUCCGACUGCAGACGAGGCAGACGUCCAAGCAUUUUCACCACCUGGGGUUUUAAGGGAGCGGAGGGGAGUGGGA